AUGGCUACAACACCACCCCAACAUCCGUUUUUCACCCAUCUGGUCGCUCUCUUAUCCGUCUACGAGCUCGGCCCCUCGCUCCCGACGCCCAUUCCGAAAUAUGACGGUCCGAGCGAUUGGCAGAUCGAGAGCAUCAUGCGCUCUCUGAGCGCGAUGGCUCGCCGGAUGUACACCGCAGAGGAGGCCUUGAACUCGAUUCGCGCCGCCGACUCC